GGACCGUCUUAGUGUGACACUAGCGGAAGUAAACAAACCCCGUAGCAGUGUGGACUCCUUUCAAGAAAAAGCUGUUUUAGCUCGUUUUCCCGGCGUAUGUGUGCAUAUAAGCAGCGAUGUCUUCAGUUCAGUCUCUGAGAGAGUUUAUCAGCGAGCGACUCACUGCUGCUGCUGAAGAAAUCUUCAGACAGUUUGAAAAGACCAUCGUCCAGUAUGAGGAAGAGAUCAUGGAUCGUCAGCACAGACUGCUGGAUAAUUGUAGCAGCUGGAAAAGAAACACAAACAACAUAGCAGAUAUCCCAGCAUUCAUCUGUAAGGAGUUCGUGGUCAACCCGCUGUCCCUUAACCACCAAAAGGGCCCGGAGGAACCAGAGCUGAAGUGGAUCAAGGAGGAACAGCCACAGCUGGGUUGCAGUCAGGAUUGGAAGCAGCUUGGAUCAGAGACUGAGGUGGAUCUUUCUGCCCAGAUGUUCUCUGGUUCUGAAAUAGAACCCAAAGCUGCUCAGCUCCACUUCCUGGACUCUCUACUGAUCGAGAGCCAGGGUCCAGACCUGGAAUCAGCCAAGAAUCUGGAAAUAAAAGAAGAAAUGAGCACUUAUGGAGAAAGCUCUUCCUCCUCAUCGUUUUGCCUCAACGAUACGUCCUCCAACAAAUCUGUAAACUGUGAGAUUUGUGGAAAAACUCUGAAAGACAAGUACAGCAUGAAGCAGCACCUACGGAUCCACAGUGGUGUGCGGCCAUACAUUUGUAGAACCUGUGGGAAGGGCUUCACCCAAAAGGGCAACCUGCUGAGCCACGUCCGAAUCCACGCGGGGGAGAAGCUGUUUUGCUGUGAGACCUGUGGGAAGAGCUUCACCUGCAGCAGCAACCUGAGCGUGCACAGGAGGACCCACACUGGAGAGAAGCUCUUCCCCUGCAGGACUUGCGGCAGACGCUUCUCCCAAAAAUGCAACCUGCUGAGCCACAUGAGGACCCACACGGGCGAGAAGCUGUUCACCUGCGACACCUGUGGGAGGAGCUUCAUGCACCGCAGCCACCUGAGCGUGCACAGGAAGAUCCACACUGGCGAGAAGUCCUUCUGCUGCAAGACCUGCGGCAAAGGCUUCACCCAGAACGGGAACCUGUCAGCACACAUGAGAACACACACGGACGAGAGGCCGUUUCGCUGUGGAGCCUGCGGACGCACAUUUAAGAGGAAAACACACCUGAGGGUUCACCUGAGGACGCACAAGGACCAGGUCUUCUUCUGCACCUCCACAUCCUGAUUUCCUAAAUCUUUCUUUAUUUUUUUACAGUUUCAAGCUGGAACUCAGACAUCUUAUUUUCUAUUUUAAAGAAUAGAAAAACAUCAUAUGUGGUUACAGUAUUUUUUUGUACUAGCAUCAUAGUCUGCGAGGAAAAAAAGAAUUGUGCAUGAAUUAACAUUUUCCCCAAAAAUCAGAUUUUUUUUGUCUGGUUCAUCAUUUUUAGGGGUAAACCUGUAGAAAUCUGUCCAACCCUCUGCAGUGUAGGAAUACAGAUUAAUCCAUGAGCAAUGUUUGUUGUGAAUAAAAAUAUUCUAGAUUAAACACUUUAUUGAAAGUUGCAA